AUGGAUAUUCAAACUUAAUAAUUAAAUGUUUAAGUGGCAGUCAGAGUGAGGCCUUUAAGCAACAAGGAACUAAAUGCAAAGGACGAAUGUUGUUUGAAGACUGAGGACAACAGAAUAAUUUUGCCAUAAAGUGGGAAAAUCUUUACUUUUGACCAUGUCUUCAAUUAGGAUUCGAACUAGGAAGAGAUUUUUGAUAGUUGUGUAACCAAUUUAGUGUAAAGAUGCUUUGAGGGAUAUAAUAGUACAAUAUUGGCAUAUGGCCAAACAGGUUCUGGGAAAACCUUCACAAUGGGAACAUCAGGUUUGGAUCAAUAUUCUGACUAAAAUGAAUGGGGAAUGAUACCAAGAGCAGUAUAUUUAUUAUUUGAUGAAGUGGAGAAAAGGAAAUAAGAAUAGGACUAGGACAUAAUUAUUACAUGUUCAUACAUAGAAUUAUAUAAUGAAUAAAUAAUCGAUUUGCUAAAUGAAUCAUCAAUGAAAUCUAAUUUAUAACCAACAAUAAGAGAGGAAAAGGAUCAUACAAUUUCAAUUCAAAAUUUAACAACAAUAUCAGUAAUGAAUCCAUAAGAUAUGCUUCAAAUAUUAAAUAAAGGAGGAACCCAUAGAACAACAGCAGCAACUCAAAUGAAUUUGAAUAGUUCAAGAUCCCAUGCAAUAUUUACAACUUAUUUUAAAAUAAACCCAGAAUCAGAGGAAGAAUCUCUAAGUGCAAAAUUUCAUUUUGUUGAUCUAGCUGGUAGUGAGAGACUAAAAAAAACUAUGGCUAUAGGUAAGCAGAUGGAAGAAGGGAUUAAUAUUAAUUAAAGUCUUUUGGUGUUAGGAAAUGUAAUUAAAACAUUAAGUGAUUAAAAAAAAUCGGCUCAUGUUCCAUAUAGAGAAAGUAAAUUAACAAGAAUUCUAUAAGAUUCCUUGGGAGGUAAUUCGAACACCUAUAUGAUAGCCUGUAUUUCACCAUCAGCUAGUAAUUACGAAGAAACAAUUAACACUUUGAAAUAUGCAAGUAGAGCUAGAGAAAUUAAAAACAAGCCUACUCAAAACAGAGAUCCACAUGCAGCUUAAAUUAUAGCUUUAAAACAAUAGAUACUUGGUCUUUAGGGUCAAAUUAAACAAUUUUCUUAAAUACUUUAGGAGAAUAAUAUCAAUACUGACUCUGUUAAAUAUAUGGCUGAUUAGAUUUAUGAAUCAAUCUCUCCAAGUUCUGGGCCUUAAUAAUCUUGCUCAGAACAUGGAGAAGCUAUUCUUAAAUUAAAAAAUUAAAAUUAAUAGUUGGAAAAGCAAUUAAAUAGUUUGUAAAGAGAAUUGUAGAAUUCUUAAAAAGGAUUAAGUGAAAGUAUGCUUGAAGGUUACAAAGCAAAGAAAUAAAGAGACUAAGUUAUGAAACAGUUUCAAGAUGCAAAAAAAAUUCUAUAAAAAUACAAUAUCUAAUUUAAUUUCAAUGAGGAUCAAUAAAUGGAUACUUAUUAUAAUGAAAUAGCUAAUUUAAAGAAUGUAGUCAAAGAACAUGAACAAAGAAUAUUUCUAUUACAAUCUAACAAUGAUUAAUUGAUAAAAGAAGCACGCAGAGAUCAAAAAUUAUUGAGAUAAAAGCAACACGAAUUAAUGAGAUUAGAAAAACGAAAAUAAGAUGUAGACUAAAUAGAUGAUGAUUUUGAGUUAGAUGACUCUGAAAUAAUACAGAAGGAUCUUCAAAUUGAAGAAUAGGAGUAUCAGCUUCAAGAAUUGGAUAAAAUAAAGAUAGAGACAAUUUAAUUAUUAUAAGAUGAUAAGCAAAACUAUUUAAAAUAAAUCUCUAUUUUAGAAGAAGAGAAGGCUAAACUAUAAAAGUAACUCAAUACUAAAUAGGAUUCUGCUUAAAUGAAUUAACUAAAAUUUAAAAUAUCAGAAUACGAAACUAAAAUAUUGGAUAUGAGAUAAAAAGAAUUGACAUCCAAAUAAUUAUAAAAGAAAUUGGAUGAUCAGGAGUCUUAAGUGAAAGAACUUAGAACUAAUAUUGAAUAAAUGAAAAAAUAAAAAGUUGAUUUGAUUAAGAAAAUGAAAUAAGAAAAUGAGAAAUACAUUAAAGAUAAGGAAUAAAAACAUAAAGAGUUAAUAUAUGCCAAAAAAUAAAAAAUAUAAUAAGACACUUUAGUAAGUAAAUUGAAAAAUGAUAAUACUAAAAAAGAUGUUUAAUUAAAGAGAAAGGAGGACGAAUUAUAAAAACAAAAAAAUGAAAAACUAAUUAUCAAAUAACAUAAUCGAUAUAAUCCAAAUAAAUCACUACAAUAUGACACUUUUGAGAAGUAAAUUGAUGAUCUGUUUUCAGAACUAAUACUUGGUGAAUAGGCUGAGGAAUAAAUAACCAAAGAAUACUCCAAGUUAGAAGAACUCUAAGAAGAAUUAAGACAAAUUGAGGUAAGGAUUUGUUCAUUACAAAUUAAAAUUGAUUAACUUUAAUUUGAUAUGACUCAAAAUACUGCAGUUUGUAGCAUGGAAAAUAUACAAUAAUAUGAGUUAGAAUUAAAUGACUUUUAGUAGAAAAGAGAAAAUAUUUCAGAAACAAUUGAAUUCUAGCUAUAAAAAAUUGAUGAUUAUAGAGUUAUAUCAUCAAAAGCAAAUGAUUACUACACAAUAGUAUUAACUAAUCAAUACUUCAAAGAUUUACCUAAUUGGUGUACCAGAUCAUUUAGAUAUGUUAUUGAUAAUUGGGUUAAAGAUCAUUAUUAAAUGACUUUAUAUGCUUAAUAAAUAGAGGAAUUAAAUUAAACAAAUUAAGAACUAAUAAAUGCAAAACCCAGUCCCAUAAAAAAGUCGAUCAGAUAAAAUACUCCCAUAGAUGAUUUGAAAAGGUAGAUAAAUGAGUAUAAAAGAAAAUUGUAAGCAUUGUAAAACUAGUAUCGAACAACAAGCAUAGAAUUAGAUUAUUACAAGAAUUUUUAUAGUGAGUAAAUCAAUAAAUAGUAAAAAGAUAGAUCAAUUGGAUUAGGUUUAUAAUUAUAGCAUUCAUAAUCAUAUCAUACAUUUAGAAAUUCAAAUAGCAAAGAAUUAAAAUAAGAAUAACAACUACCUUUAGCCUUGACUCAUGUAAAAUCGUUUGGGUAAUUAGGAUCAAGUAUGAGAGUUAGAAGUUCUGUUUCUUAAUAUUGGAUAGCUGAGCAGUUAAAUUCAUCAUAAGAAAUUAUUAAUUAUGACAUUGUGAAAACCCUGUAAGGGCAUGAUUAACCAAUCCUAUCAUUAUAUACAAAAGACAAUAUAUUGUGUUCUGGAUAAUACAAGUAAUUUAAAGUGUGGGAUAUCGAAUCUCAAUAACUUAUUAGUACAAUAGAUCAAAGUAAUCACUGCAGAUCCAUAUAUUAUUGGGCAAAUCGAGAUGCCUUUGCUGUUUCACAUGGAUCUCAAAUAUCUUUAUAUGAUCCAUUGACUUUGAUGUGCAAAGGAUUACUUAAGUCUUCAAUAGAAGAAAUCAAAUGUAUUACUAGUAUAAAUGGAUUAUUGGUUGCAGCAGGCAAGUCUAUUAAUUCUAAUGCUUUGAAUAUUUGGGAUUCCAGAUAGAAUAAUAUCUUGUAUGAAUUUGAAAAAGGCUCAGAUAUCUUAAGCAUAUAUGGUUCUGAUGAAAAUUCUGAGUUGAUUUAUGGGACAUUAAAGCAUUAUGCCAAAAGAAUACCCUUUAAUAAAAAUAAAUAUAAUCAAAUUUAAUAGUUAUAGCCACCUUAAUUGGAUAAGGUAACAGGAGUUGCCUCUUUUGGUGACUAUAUAGUGAGUUGUUCUUUAAGCAAAAGAAUGUUACUUUGGAAUCAGCAAACAGGUUUAGAAUCUACUACAAAUGAUAGCAUACAUAAAGAUCUGAUAACUGCUUUAACAAUUGAUAAAAGUUUGAAAUUGAUUUACACAUCUUGUAAGGAUGGAAAUGUUAGGGCCAUCAAGGUUAAUGAGGAAGGUAAAUUCCAAUUACUUCAUGAAAUUACUGCUUCAAAUCAAUAAAUUAAUGCUUUGCAUGUUAUCUAAGACAACCAUUUAGUGAUAAGUGGAGGAUAAGAUAAAUUGAUUAAAAUUUGGAGACCAUCGAAAAACAUAUUACAAUUGUAAAAUGCUAUUGGCGAAUUUAUUGUUGAUGAUUAAAAUUGA